AUGGUCGGUUCAUACGAGGAGUCUAUACUUCGUGGGCGUAUGUCUACUACACCUUCGCGGCCUCUUGAUUUCGUCGCCAAGAUUGGCGUACUUGGCAAAGGACAAUGCAAGUCAAGCCUCAAGUGCCCACCGCACGUCACGGUCCCCUUUCCAGCCGUAUUUUACAGCUACAACACCGGUAACGGUAGGAUCUCAGAUAAUGAGCCGAGCCCUUAUGUUGGGCACAUUGACUUGGAAAAUACUUUGCCACCGCCAGAUGAAAGCAGCGAAGCUAGUAAACGCAAGCGACGACAUGUGGUGCCAGCCCCCGAACAAGACGAUCUUGACUUCAAGCUGAAUCUUGGUGAAGAGGAGAGUGGACAGAGCGUGAAAGGAGACCUUCGUCGUAAAGAAAAGAAAAAGCGACGAUCUACGUCUCCCAAGGCACCUCCAGGGGGAUGUUACCGUAUACCGCCGCAGGGGCAGCUACAGAUUGUGCUGAAGAACCCAAACAAAACCGCAGUGAAGCUCUUCCUCGUGCCAUAUGACAUAUCGGAUAUGGAGCCAGGUCAGAAAACCUUCAUCAGACAGCGCAGCUACUCUGCUGGACCCAUUAUCGAUAUGCCCGCAUCUUCACGGAAGAACCUAGGAACUGACCGUCCAGAGGCUGCCCUCAGCAACUCAGAUGAUCCGAACGACCGACCUAUCUUGCGUUACCUCAUACAUUUGCACAUAUGCUGUCCUUCAAAGGGUCGUCAUUACUUGUACAAAAGCAUACGGGUCGUUUUUGCGAAUCGUGUACCAGACGGUAAAGAAAAGCUGAGGAAUGAAAUCCAGCAACCUGAGCCUAGAUACAGCACGUACAAGCCGACGCGAGAUGCAUCAUCGCUGCAAAAGACACAUCUACCGGGAGCUCAACCCGCUACGGACAAGGCUUUCCGUCGACGCAGCGCUGGAUGGCCACUAUCUCAAUCUCAGCAGGCGUAUGAUCAGCUCGAUGGAUUGAGGCAGCACACUCCAUUACCUCCUCCAGCCGUCAAGUUCACUGGUGGUACCACCAACUCUUCAGCAUCAAGCGGCUUCAACUCGCCUAUGCCGGAAUUACAACCCAUACCUUUCACCAUCGGCAGGCUCGCUGCAAUUGAGUCACGGCCUAUGUCUCGCGAUCGCAUGGAUAUUGAUCCGAAGAGCCCCUUCAGAACACCCAUUACCUCGCCGCGAGCUGGCGUGAGUAGUCCGAAAAGUCAAAGCGAUGGUACCUUUGAGAAGCUCAGUAAAGGUGACAUUGGCUACGGCGGAAAUGCAUUCUCGCCGCUCGGCAGCCCGUCUGCUCCGCCCAAUGCUGGUCUACUAUCACAGCGAUUGCGCGGUUUGGAUGUUCAGCGCGACGAGGAGGAGUAA